AUGUACUGUGCAUCAAGUCCUUUAGUGGGUCGGAAUCAACACGCGCCUGAAAUAAUGGAGCGUAUUUGGAUGAUUUUGAGCUCUGGAAAUAUCAAGGUUGGGUUCUUACUUUAUGGAGUUUUUUCUUUACCAAUUGUUUUUACGAAAAAGUUAAUUGUGACUUACGGAGCAAUAAGAGAGACUAUAGCCUAUCUUUCUUAUGGACUUUCAUCUGGAAUCGAUAGAAAGUUCAAGAUGAUGAAAAUUAUCCAGGUGAGAUCAAUUGGAGGAAUAUAUAAUGGAUCUGUCAAGCAUAGCUGA